AUCAAUAUGGCGAAGAAUUUGAAAAUAGCCCUCUGGAGGCAUCAGCUGUUCGCGUUUGAUUGACACAGUUUUGGUGUUUUGAUGGGUGUCUUCGCCAUGUGCCAGCCAUGGGUGCCAUCGCCUCGGUGCUUCAAUGGCAUUGCGGUUCGUGCAGUUUAAUCAACCCAACGGAGCAGUUGAAAUGCAUCAGAUGCGGCACCAGCAGAGAGAUCCAGCACACAGACAAAGGCCAUGACAGUGGGGGCCCUUUUGGAGGCAACAGCGCCAACUGUACUGUAAUACGAAGGCUGAAAUCCACCGCCAAGCCAAGCGGCUCGCAAAAGCGGAAUUGCUCGUCGUUGGUGCGUAACACAGUGAUAAACACUCUUGUUUUGCUCCAAAGAAGCGCCUCUGUGAGGAUCAUCGAGAAGAAACGGCCCCCCGUCUCCAAAUCCACGAGUCUCGGGGACAUUUCCAGGUGGAGUUUUUGCGAAAACUGCUCGGUCACGUUCGUUUCGGUCGCAAGAACGUGUCUUUUGUGCGAGGGGGCUGUCGGAAUGAUGAAUGUGGCGCAAUCGCCGUGCAAAAAUUGUGCUUCACUCACGCCAAUCGAACACCCAUAUGACAUACUUAAUUGUGAUAGGCCCUUGACGUGUGUGUGUCAAAGGGCGAAGAACAACAGUUUUAUUUCACUUUCGAGUAUUGAAAGUUUUAGUUGUUCGGUUGCACAACAAUUACACUGUGAUCCUUUGAUACCGAGCAAUAUUCGAACCACUGCGAGCGGGAUUAAUAAGGGGCAUAGCCCGAGUUAUGGGUACAAGGGGGCGAGUGGCAAUUCGUGGACGUGCAAACGGUGCACCUUACUCAAUGGACCUAAUAGGGAUGUUUGCGAGGCUUGCGAAUCGCCCUACAACUCUGAUCUCAACAGCAAUUUUAAUCCCAGCGUUAUCAUAAAGGUUGAUAAUUGGGCCGAUAAUGAAGCGUUGAGAAAGCCCAGUCACAAUCAGCGGCCCUCAUAUCGCCGCUCUUUUUCCGAACUCCCCACAUCCCAGAAUCUCCACGUCCCGAAUAUAAAUCGCCGAAGUCUCGGAAACGAAGUUCUGGAGUCGGUUUUUCCAAAAUCGAGCACUUCAAUGACCGACAUACAAUCCUCUCAACAUUCCUUCGACGGCAUUACGACUAGAUAUAGUAAUCUUAAUUUGAAUAGAAGUACAAGUGAUAUUACGUGCAAUGAAGGUGCCACUGCCACCACUCUAUACACCUACAUUGGCAUUUCGGAGCCGGAUAAAGACAAAACACACAUUUAUGAGAAUCAAGGAAUCGUCAAUGCUCAUAAAAAAGGCGAUUUUGAUAGUGAACAACACGAUAAAAUAUUGCAAGCACUGAAAUCUGGAAGCAAUACAUUUGGCACAAAUUGGCCGUUUGAUAAACGAAAAUGGACAUGUCGGCAAUGCUCUUUUGCCUACAACGAUUUUAAUAAUUUCAAGUGCGAUAUUUGUAAAGGGCCCAGGACUAGACCUUCGUUGAAUGAACCUUGCACUGUGACGGUUACCGAGGACAGGAGUAGUGCAUCAACGCCAUUGUCUUUGAACUGGAACGACACGAUGGAGGUGCAGGUGCCCCUGGCGACGCUGGAUCAAGACCUAGAGGACGAUUUCCAGCUCCUUCCAGGACUUUUUCUAGGCGAUGACAGUCCAGUGGACGACCAGAAAUGGACUUGUAAGAAAUGUACACUCGUAAACAGUGGCCGUUCGUUAAUUUGUGAGGCUUGUUGCGGGUCAAAACUGCGUUCAGUUUCGAUGACUAGCGAUAUGACAUUAAGGAAAGGCGAAUUUUGGUCUUGUACAAAAUGUACGCUGAAAAAUCCGUUAACGGCGCCGAUUUGUAAAGCCUGUAAGACUGAGAAAAAUAGUUUAAAUCCAUCUCCUCGUCACGGUUCAUCCAAAAAGUACAAUAAAAGCUCGUAUCAUAGUCAGAAAGUCGUCAAAACUCGAAUCAAUCUAAUGACGGAUUUAGAUCGUAGUCGAAAUAAUGCAAUUAAAGCGUGGCAGUGUAUGAUUUGCACUUUUGAAAAUACGAAAUCUCAAAUUAUCUGUGAUAUGUGUCAGAAAAUCCGCGAAGAUAUUAGGACCACGCCUCCUGAGGAGCCGUCAAGGUUAAGUCAAGAGGAAUUAGCCAAUAAGCAUUGGAAUUACAUUGUGAGAUAUUGCAAAUUGAAGAAGCAGAGUUAUGUUGAUGAAUCUUUUCCCCCAUCGCCGACUAGUCUUUAUUACAAUCCAUCUGAAGUCAAAGACGCUCACACGGUUAAAUGGAAACGACUCAGAGAUAUAACAGUGGAUGACGGCCCCGAUUCGGAUCUAAUUUGGGCCGUAUUCAGAAAACCGCAUCCUUCUGAUAUCUCUCAAGGAGUUUUGGGCAACUGUUGGCUUUUGAGUGCCUUAGCCGUGUUGGCAGAACGCGAAGACCUCAUCAGAGCUGUUUUGGUAACGCGAGAUUUUUGCCAUCAGGGAGUUUAUCAAGUUAGACUUUGCAAAGAUGGCAAUUGGACCACUGUUCUCGUUGACGAUUAUUUCCCAUGUGAUAAAAAAGGACACUUGUUUUAUUCGCAAGCAAAACGGAAACAACUUUGGGUUCCCUUGAUCGAAAAAGCCGUCGCUAAAAUCCACGGCUGUUAUGAAGCUCUAGUUUCCGGACGUGCAAUCGAAGGUCUAGCGACACUCACUGGGGCACCUUGUGAAUCUAUUCCUCUUCAGGCUUCUUCGAUUCCGGCUCCUGCCGAGGAGGAACUCGACACUGAUCUCAUUUGGGCACAACUUCUGUCUUCACGUCAGGCACUUUUUUUGAUGGGGGCGUCGUGUGGCGGCGGCAAUAUGAAAGUCGACGAGGUGGAGUACCAGAAUAAGGGGCUCAGGCCGCGCCAUGCCUAUUCUUUGUUAGAUGUUAGAGAUGUGGAUGGCUAUAGACUCCUGAAAUUGCGAAAUCCCUGGGGGCACUUUGUGUGGAAGGGCGAUUGGGCGGACGCUUCAGACAAGUGGACGCGAGCCCUUCGCAUGGAAUUGAUGCCCGAAGGGCCCCAAGAUGGCACCUUUUGGAUUUCCUUCGGUGAUGUUUUGAAAUACUUCGAUUGUAUUGAUAUUUGUAAAGCACGGAAUGGUUGGAACGAAGUUAGACUUUCGGGUGUUUUACCACCACUUUCCUCACAGAAACACUUGUCUUGUAUUUUGCUCACGAUUUUGGAACCCACUGAAGUCGAUUURACACUUUUUCAAGAGGGUCAACGCAAGUCGGAAAAAUCWCAACGCUCUCAGCUCGAUUUAUGUGUCGUUCUUUUUAAAGCACGAAACGGUUCAACAAUCGGUAGUUUAGUCGAACAUAGUAAAAGACAAGUGCGUGGUUUCGUUGGUUGUAAUAAAAUGUUAGAAGCUGGAGAAUAUGUUGUUGUACCUUUAGCAUUUAAUCAUUGGCAUACUGGCCUAGAAGACCUCACUGCAUUCCCAAGAUAUGUUUUAGCCAUUCACAGUUCCAAGAAAUUACUAGCUGAACAACUAACUCCUCCUGAUUGUAUUUUGGCCGAUUCGAUAAUUUCCUUAACAUUGGCACGUGGUCAAAGACAUGAAGGUCGCGAAGGUAUGACGGCGUAUUAUUUGACCAAAGGAUGGGCCGGUUUGGUUGUGAUGGUCGAAAAUCGACAUGAAAACAAAUGGAUUCAUGUGAAAUGUGAUUGUCAGGAAAGUUAUAACGUGGUAUCAACACGUGGUACAUUGAAAACAGUGGAUUCUGUGCCUCCUUUGACACGACAAGUCAUUAUAGUUCUAACACAACUUGAGGGUAGUGGCGGUUUUUCUAUAGCCCAUAGACUUACACAUAGACUUGCAAACUCACAGGGUUUAUACGAUUGGGGGCCUCCUGGCACUUGUCACGAUCCGGAAUUAGAUUAUCAAACCAGCGGGUUGCAUAUGCCUAGGUUGUUUUAAUUAUAUCGUUGUUUCGUUUUUAUAUUUUCAAAUAUUUCACAGUUAUGGCCUAAAUGUGUCAUUUGUUUAGUAAUCUCAAUUCCUUAUUGCAAUGUUCAGUUUUAUGACGUAUAAAUGUUUGUUUGGUGUUUAAUAGAACAUGCUUUUUAGAUUGUGUAAAAUCGUACAUUGUUAAGAAUUAAAGUAAGCUUUCAAGUAAAUUUAUUUCAAUUCAUUCAACAACACAAACAUAUAUUAAACACGUUCAGCAAAUCUAAAUCUUAGUUUCUUAUUAGGCGCAGCCCAUAGUUUGUUGGUACUGUUGAUAUCGCCAUAAAGAUACUCAAUCUUAAAG